GUAUAUCUGCCAACGUAUGGAUUUGUAAUGUUGUGCAUUUAGCUAUUAGGUGUUUUUUUUGUUUUGGUUUUUUCUUUAACUUUUUGUUUUACUCUUUUUUUUCUUUUUUUUCUUCUUUUUGUUAUUUUCUGCAGCCAAUGAACAUUUUUGGUAGUGGUAUAAAAGUAGCAGCCAGGCAAACAUUUCAUAUCACUUAAUCGUUAACUGUGCACAGCUAUACACAACAAUAGCGGCUUAGCACAGCUUCAAGAGUUGACUUAAGACGCGUUUCCUUACGUUUAUACGUGCGGCGCGGACAAAAUAAACUGACCCAACCAGGAUUUGUGGAUUUCUUUGAAAACACUUGCUUAGUGUGUUACGUCAUUUUUAUUUACAAUCAUUACAAAAAAAAAGGAUUAUAAUUUUUUUUCCGUAGUUAACAUAAAUUAACAAAAAAGUAGAAAUGAAAAUAAUGCGAACAGCUCAUCUGCUCGCGGUAGUGUUCCUAUUGGCCACUACUCAGGUGCGUGCUGAAAACGACAAGCAAGCGACGGGGGCUGAUGAAAAAACGGUAGAGCCUAAAACCGCAGAUGUGAAAGACUCAGCAGCUUCUGCAGCUUCGGCUGGUGAUGAUGAAACUGCUAAAACCAAACGUGGCUUACAUCAUUUCGAAGACCAUCAUCACUACGAACAUCAUUUUCCUUCGCAUGAAGAGAAAACUUUGACGAUUAUCAAGAAAGUACCCGUACCUUAUCCAGUAGAGAAACACAUUGCAGUGCCUGUUGAAAAGCAUAUACCCGUACCCAUCAAGGUGAAAGUGCCAAAACCUUAUCCAGUGGUUAAGCAUGUACCUUAUGAGGUUAAAGAAAUCGUUAAAGUUCCACAUGAAAUUCCGGCCCCUUAUCCAGUGGAAAAGAAAGUUCCCUAUCCAGUUCACGUACCUUACGACCGUCCUGUGCCCGUAAAGGUUUAUGUGCCCGCCCCUUAUCCGGUCGAGAAGAAAGUACAUGUCCCUGUUAAAGUUCAUGUACCCGCUCCUUAUCCCGUUGAAAAGAAAGUCCAUGUACCGGUAAAAGUGCACGUACACGUUGACAAACCCUAUCCAGUUGAGAAGGUGGUACACUAUCCUGUCAAGGUCCCCGUAGAGAAACCAGUACCUUAUCAUGUUGAUAAGCCGGUUCCCUAUCAUGUUGAGAAACCUGUAGCAGUGCCAGUAAUUAAGAAAGUUCCAGUUCCUGUUCAUGUGCCCUACGAUCGUCCUGUGCCUGUGCAUGUUGAAAAACCGGUACCAUAUGAAGUCAAAGUACAUGUGCCUGCCCCUUAUCCUGUAGUCAAAGAAGUGCCAGUUAAGGUGGAAAAACAUGUACCUUACCCAGUAAAAGUGCCCGUUGAGAAACCAGUUCCCGUUCAUAUUGAAAAACAUGUGCCCGAAUAUCAUGAAAAGCACAUCACCUAUAAAGAACCCGAAUUCAUUCACAAGCAUAUUGAAGAAUCUCACAGCAGUGGUGGCGGCGGUGGUGGCGAUGGUGGUCAUGGCGAAGAAUAUCAUCAUAUUGAAGAAGCCUCGUUCCAUCAUGAAUCUUCUCUCCAUGAAGGAUUACAUGAGGCGGAUGACCAUUAUAGUUAUUAUGAUCAUCACUAAAUUAUUAUAUGUUAAUUUGUGACGUUUUCUCUUGUUUUUCUCUUUCUUCUCUCCCCACCUUAUAAUCGUUACCACAACAUCAUGAAGAAUCUGAGUUCAUCAGUUUACUUGUUACACAAUGUUAAUGAUGAGAGCGUGAUUAGAGAGACCGGAGAUUAACACUGGGAGAACAAAAAUGAGAGCGCACAAUAUAUGAACACACUUUCACAUAUUUAAAGGUUAUAACGAAUCAUGAUUUUUUGACGUUUCGGGAUAUUUUCGCAUAAGGGCUUAUGAAUUGAUUACGUUGCUAUAGUGAUAACCGAAUGCAAUAAUGAUUACAGGCAGAAAUUAUGUUUUUUUUAAUUAUAGGAAUUGUUAAAUAAUAGUUUACUAUGUUGGCCUUUGGAUUAUGUUAACAAAAUGCUUUUGUUAAUUGUCCCUUUUUAACUCUAAAAACAAACAAAAAAUUAACAAUCGACCAUUGAAACCAAGUUACAAUAGAUUUAAUCUUAAAAUACUCAAUACUCAAUGAAUUGUUUUCAUAGUUUUUUAAGCCAUAAUUUUAAAUUAAAUGUCAACUCGUAUAGGUUUGUAAAAUUAAUUUUUAACUAUUUAAAAAUAUAUUUUUGGCACUUUUACAGAGAUUAAAGCGACAACAAAAACUAUUCUACUCCACAAAAUCUGCUCUUCCUCCUCCUUCUGUUUCGUUGGUUAGCCGUUGAAAACAUCUUAUGGUUAAGCUCCGCCUCUUCCUCACAACGCAGAAUACAGACGAAGGAAAGAACCGAGCCUGAGUAAGAAGAGAGUGCAUUGUAGUUUUCAAUCUUGUGCCGUUCAGUGUGAUCUUAUUUUUUAUCUUAUUUUAGAUAUAAAAAGCAUGUGUACGUAUAGUUUUUUUCUUAUUUUUUUAAAAUAAUUUGAUGAUAAAUACAUCAUAAAAAGAGAUUUUUUACUUAAGCUUCACUCUGCUAUCUUGUAUAUUAUUUUAGUUUGUCUACUCGAGUAAUUAGAGAGGCAAGCAAUAAGAUAUCUAGGGAAAAUUAUCGAAUAUUGUGUCAUUUUGGUUCAUUUCCUUUAAA